GCGCGCGCAGGCAGUGCACGGUGCCGUCGUCAUCGGUAUACAGGAAGUAAUGAUCGCGUCUGUGCUGAUCGACUCUACGGAGGAAGAAGGAGCCGAAGAAUACUGACAUGUGAGCUGCGGAUCAACAUCUAACAUCUGCGGUCACUCCAGACCUCUGUCUUCCAUGCGUGCCCCCCCAGGCUACACCCGACUGGAGCAGAAUGAGCCCAUGAACUCCUUGCACAUCUCCGUAGGAGGCCUCCCCGUUCUGGCUUCUAUGGCCAACACCACUGACCCUCGUUUCCGCCUCAAGUGGAAGUCCAUCGUGGCCGUGGCUUUCGCCCUCUCUUUACUCCUGCUGCUCUUCAUGCACUUGAGCUCAGGCUUUCGCUCCCGCCCCAACAACUCACAAAGCUGGCGAGCCGCCCACGGUGACACCCGGCAGUCCGAUGGCCAUUAUAAUGACACCUACCCUCUCAGUCUGCCUGAGCGCACACCGCAGGGCACGCGCUACCGCAUCGGGGUCAUCGCUGACCUGGACACAAACUCUCGUAGUGACAAGAAGCUGACGUGGUUCAGCUACAUGCUGCGGGGGUACCUGCUGGUGUCAAAGAGUGGCGACAAGGUGGAUAUUGAUUGGGACACGGACAAGGUGGUGCUGGAAAGCCACCUGUCGGAGAAAGGCAGGGGUAUGGAGCUGUCUGAGCUGGUGGUGUUCAACGGGAAGCUGUACAGCGUAGAUGACAGAACGGGCGUGGUCUACCACAUUGACGGGGACAAAGCUGUGCCCUGGGUCAUCUUACCUGAUGGCGAUGGCAGCGUUGCCAAAGGGUUCAAAGCUGAGUGGCUGGCAGUGAAAGACGAGCACCUGUACGUUGGUGGUCUGGGGAAGGAGUGGACCACGACUGAGGGCGUGUUUGUCAACAACAACCCGGAAUGGGUAAAAGUAGUUGGCUUCAGAGGGGACGUGCAACACGAGAACUGGGUCCCCAGGUACAAAUCUCUGAAGUCCGCUGCAGGGAUAGAGCCUCCAGGUUAUCUUAUCCACGAGUCAGCAGCGUGGAGCGACAACCUGCAGCGCUGGUUUUUCCUCCCCCGCCGCGCCAGCACAGACCGCUACGAAGAGACGGCGGACGAGCGUCGCGCCACGAACCUUGCCCUCAGCUGCUCGCCAGAUUUCAAAGACAUCGUCGUGGCUCGAGUGGGUCCUCUCAACCCCACUCACGGUUUCUCCUCCUUCAAGUUUGUCCCCAACACAGAUGACCAGAUCAUUCUGGCACUCAAGUCGGAGGAGGAUGCUGAAAAGGUAGCCACGUACAUCAUGGCCUUCACGCUUGACGGCCACAUCCUUUUACCUGAAACCAAGAUUGGCGACGUGAAGUAUGAAGGCUUGGAAUUCAUAUAACGGGACUCGGAGACUUGCUCUUGAGGCCACUGCACUGUAGUUCUAUUUUGUUUACAAGCCAGUCACUGUUGAAGUUAAUGCACUCGCUGCUUCCUCAUUAAGUUUGCAAAAGACACAAGUCAGGCCCUUAAAGGAUCCUCUUCAGUACGAGCAGGAGAACAUGUGGGCUGAGACUGUGAAGCGUGGUCCCACCGUGGCUAAGAGAAAGUGUCAGAACUGACAAUACCAGCAUUUCUCAUUGUGCAUCAUCUCCUUCCUCAACAGUACUGUAGCCUUUCUUAUAAUGAAUGUACUAACGAUUGAUUUAUCAGACUGUGAUUAGUAUACAUUUUCAUGCACAUACUGUACACUCUCAAAAGGUCAAAGGUCGUUUCCCCUUUGCUCCAUGUCAAACUGCAUCACUCUGUACACACCAAACAUUAAUAUCAUCAGGGGGAAUCACUGAAAGCCUGUUUUUAUUCUUCGUAAAAAAAAUUUUUUGAAGGAUUUCGUUGUGGGAAAAAAUUUAAUUAUAUUGUAUCAAUGUGUUUUUUGUCGGGGAGGUGUGCUAAAUGAGUAAAAUCUUGAUUCCUCUUU